GCUUCCUCGGCCUCUCGGUGUGCGCUCGUGUUUCCCAAACCUCCGUGAGAUACUUCGGCGAAUCUUCGACAUGGCUCUUAGAGGAAUGACCGCCUUCCUGAUCUUCGCCUCCGUGGCUGCCACCCUCGCCCACGCAGCUGAGAACGCCCACGCAGCUGAGAACGCCCACGCAGCUGAAUUCAGGGAGGGACACGAGACCCCCCGCUUCUUCUUCCCUUCUACAGGCACCAUCAACAACAACAGCAGCGUCGCCUUUGACCCUAAUAGCGUUUUCUACAUCGGUGCCAUUGCCCUUGGGAUCUUCGGGGUAAUCGCCCUUAUCGGAUUCUUCUCGGAGGAGGCGAAGGAGGAUACGAGCUAUAUUGCCCCCACCCUGUACAAUGCCCCAACCUCACCCUACGGCCAUGAGGAGAGCUCGUACACAUCCUACGCCGUCCACCGCUCCUUAGAAGAUGCCGCUGAUAAGUACGAGUAGUCGGGGAGAAAGUAUGAAUGAGUCGGUUUUAUGAAUGAAUGGAUCGGCGUGGCGAGCGUCUUGGCGAGUUCGAAGGCUUGAGUUCGUUUGAUUUGUUUUCUUUCUUGUUCUUUUUCUUUUUUUCUUUUUUUCUUGUUUUCUUCUGAUGAUUGUCU